AUGGGAGACGAAGCGCGUCGAGUGAGAAGCAUAGAAUUUCCAGGCUGUCUUACGGGCGCUCGCCGAGAUACGAUUGCAUGUGUCGCAGAUGCUCACUCAUAUUCUCUGCUUGAAGUAGAGAGGCGCCAAAAAAUACACCUCUCAACCAUUCGUUCCUCCGAAGAACUUAGUGAUUAUCGAGUGGAAGACAUUCCGACUAGAGAUGGAACUCCUGUGCCGGGCGCCUCAGCAGCUUCUAAUGGAAAUACGCUGCCAGUUGAAAAUCGAGUGCACGGUAGGAGCUCAAGUCUUAAUGCUCUUGUCGGCGGCACGGGUGAUCGGCAUCACCGUCCUCAUUCCAGCAUCCCAGGGAGAUCUCCGUCUAGGACUCCAGAGCCGAGAGGCCGCGAAGCGCCGAAGAUAAGUUCUUCAGAUGACCUCCCUUCUACCAACGUCGAUCGGACUCCUGAACCUUCCCACAAUGGCUCAGCUGUGCGGACUUCAAGUCAAAAGCCAUUACCGCCUCCACCAUUACCUGAGAAUUUCCAGCUGAAACCCCACGUUUUAUCGCCAACUCCAUCAGAAUUCUUGUUCAUUACCGGUACUGAGGCGUCCGCCGUGGGAGUGGGUAUGUUUGUCAAUCUUGAGGGCGAAGUAACCAGAGGCACAAUAGAAUUCCAAAAAUAUCCGGACUCUGUUGUGCUUGACAACUACAAUGAAGAGCGGGCUUCUCUUGCUAAUAACGAUGUCGAAGAAGGUUAUAUCCUGGCUGUGGUUGUAAAUGAGAAUGAUGACCAGCUACCAAGGCAUAUCGAGGCGCAGCGAUGGGAUCUCGAGCCAGGGGGGAACGAAAGGCCCAAAUCAUCUAUACCAGUUCCAUUAGACUGCCCUAUCUCUACGCCCGUUGGAAUCUAUAAAACGAUCAGUUCAGAUCAGCUCAGCUUUUCAGAGGUUGGGAAAAUCAUGCAGAUGGUGCGAUUAAAGUCCUCCUUUGCGGCGCCGAGUCAUCCGCCCACUCCACCUGAGAGCGCUGACCCGAGGACAAAGGCUUCUAUCGAACAAUUACAGAAGGAAAAGGAGCUUUUCGAGUCACAGGAGCUUUGCCUCAGCUCUUCAGAACAGCCCUCUGUUUCGGAAUCUCGGAGAGAGUGGGAAAAGCAGAGAACCCAAGAAGAGGCUAAAAUUGCUAUGAGCCUGGGCCACGUUAACAGUGAUAUAAUUCUCUGGGGCGGUAAUUGUAUAUGGCGUGUGAUUCGAAACCCUCUGGCUCUCCAGUUAGAGAAUUCGCUUCGUUUAGCCCACCCGGAGUCGAGCAACGACUACCUGACAACCGACUUGAAUGUGAUCGUGAGCCUGCUCGAAGAGCUUGACUCUCUUGUCCCAAAGACGGAAAACGAAUUCCUUGGCCUAAAUUAUGUCAAGCAAAAAGCAAGCUUGCUUUUAUUUGCAAAGCUUCUAUCAACCCAGCAAACUGCCCAAACCGCCGAGAUGAUUGAGCUAACUGAAGCUGCUCUUACAAAUGGUGGGCUAGACCCACGGAUCUCUUUACUCCUGGUGCCUCUGUUGAAAAAUGAAGUCCUCCAAGGCCCACAAGGAAUCUGGGUCAAUCGAGGCCUUGCAAUGGUUGCGGAGCCAUUAAUCCACACUUUAAAUGGUGGCAUAAAUAAUAACAUUCCGACUAGCAACAUACCUUUCUUCGAUAUGCUCAUUCGAUAUUUGAUUUCGUGGCAGAGGAAAAGGGGUUAUGGAAGUGUUACCGAUGAAACGUACGUUUUCGACAGUGUCGAUGCAGCAUUAUUACACUUACUGCUGGAGCUUGAUGGCAGCGAUUGCCAACGAGCCAAUCCCUCAGUCUCAUCCUCUGUGCGUGCAGAACUGAACAAACUGGUCGAUAAUUGGAAAGGGAACUUUGACCGAGCUAUCCAGUUGCUAGAGACAUAUCAGAGGUUAUUCGUGCUUAGCCGCCUAUAUCAGAGCCGGAAGAUGUCCAAGCAUGUUCUCAUGACGUGGAAGCGGAUAAUAGAAGGCGGUCCUGAUGCGGGGGGGGAAUUAUCCGUCCCUGCUGCAGAAAUUCAAGUGCGCAAGUACCUUAUUAAAAUCAGAGAUAGUCAAGUCGUCGAGGACUACGGCUCCUGGCUUGCCGCAAGGAAUCCAAGAUUAGGAAUACAAGUCUUUGCGGAUGGCUCUAGCAAAGUCAAGUUUGACCCAGGACAGGUCGUAUCCAUUCUCAAAGAAAAGGCUCCAGGUGCUGUGCAAGUGUAUCUAGAGCACCUGGUGUUUGCUAAAAACUAUUCCCAAUACGCCGACGAUCUUAUCGGAUACUACCUUGACACUGUUCUAUCUGUCCUCGAAACCUCUCCAGAGGCGCGAGCAUCCUUGGCUGAGUCGUACUCUACAUACCGAGCCCUUCGGCCUCCCAAACCAUCAUAUCUCACAUUUAUAUCCGAAAAUGCGCCAUCGGAGCAUUGGUGGCAAUCCCGCCUUCGACUACUCCAGCUACUUGGCGGCGAAUCAAGGAGCCAGUUUACAUCUAUUCCCACUGCCCGCGACCUCUCUUACUCAAUAUCCACCGUCCUUGACCGUAUUGAACCAUUUCGGAAUGAACUAGUUUCCGAGAGCAUCAUUCUAGGCGGGCGUCAAGGACGUCACCAUGAAGCGCUGCACUUGCUCACCCAUGGGCUUGGAGACUACGACACUGCAAUCAGGUACUGCCUAUUCGGCGGGAUUUCGUCCUCGCACUCAACAUCAACCACGAUGCAAGCUUCCGCAUCUUCAGCCUCCCAAAAGGAUCUCUUCUCACACCUCCUCAAGGAAUUUCUUCACAUCUCUGACCCAUCCGAUCGCAUCGAACGCACUUCCGAUCUGCUAACACGCUUCGCGCCGAUUUUCGACGUAGGGGAAGUUCUUUCAAUUGUGCCCGAUGGCUGGAGCGUGGAUAUCCUAUCGGGGUUUUUAGUAAGGGUUCUGAGGGACCUUGUUACCGAAAAGAGAGAAGUCAAAGUUCAAAGAGCGCUAAGUGCAGGGCUGAAUUUGAGGGUUGGGGUGGAGAUGCUGGAGAAGGGAGAGCAAGCUGGUGGUGGCUGGAUAGAGGAGGAGGACGGCGUCAAGGUGUUACGAGAAAACAGUGCCAAUGAAGAUGGGGGCAAGGGGAAAAACAAGGUGAAUGGUAACGAUGGGGGAUUGAUACGGUGA